CUUGUUUUCAAUAUAAUUCCUACAAUUUUUGAAAUGGCAUUAGUUGGAACAAUUUUUUAUAUAAAAUGUGGCCCUCAAUUUACUUUUGCAAUGACUGGAUGUUUGGGAAUGUAUGCAGUUGCCACAAUAGGAAUUACCAGAUGGAGAACAAAAUUUCGAUUAGAAAUGAAUGAGGCUGAUAAUGAGGCCGGAAAUAGGGCAAUUGAUUCUUUAAUCAAUUAUGAAACAGUUAAGUAUUUCAACAAUGAAAAGUUAGAAGCUGAUCGUUAUGAUCAUUUUCUUCGUCGUUUUGAAUUUGCUUCAUUAAAAACAUCAACUUCACUUGCAUUAUUGAAUUUCACUCAAAAUGCAAUUUUUAGUGCUGGUCUUAUUGGAGUAAUGGCAUUAGCGGCAGAAAAUGUUAAAAACGGUCUUCUUGAUAUGCAAGUUAUGUUUGCUUUAACAGAAAAGAAAAGUCGAAUUGUUGAGAAUCCAUAUGCCAAACCUUUAAUUAUUUCACAAAGGCAGUCAAAGAUUAUUUUUGAAGAUGUUGUUUUUGGUUAUGUUCCAUCUAGACCAAUGAUUCUUAAUGGUUUAUCCUUCGAAGUUCCCUCUGGAAUGAAGGUUGCUAUUGUUGGAGGGUCAGAUGCUCAUUCGGGAAAAAUAACAAUUAAUGGUCAAGAAAUAACUAACGUUCAACUUGACAGUCUUCGUCGAGCUAUAGCCAUUAUUCCACAAGAUAGUGUUCUGUUUAACGAUACAAUUUAUUAUAAUAUUCAUUAUGGGAAUAUUAAUGCAAGUGAAGAACAAGUUUAUCAGGCUGCUAAAACUGCAGAUUUGCAUGAUUCUAUAAUGAGAAUUCCACAUGCGUAUCAAACGAUGGUCGGUGAACGAGGACUAAAAUUAUCGGGUGGAGAGAAACAACGUGUUGCAAUUGCGCGGGCUAUACUUAAAAAUUCUCCGAUUAUAGUCUAUGACGAAGCAACGUCAUCAUUAGAUUCAAUUACAGAAGAGAAUAUAAUGCAUUCAUUAAAAAGUGCCUACUCUGGCCGUACUUCGCUUUUCAUUGCACACCGUUUAGUAACAAUCGCAGAUGCAGAUAUUAUUUAUGUAUUGGAUGAAGGCCGUGUAGUUGAAACAGGAACUCAUAAACAAUUAUUGGCUAAAGAAGGUGGGGGUAAAUGUGAUUAA